AUGACCAAACUCACCUCCCUCGGCCUGGCGGUCUUCCUCCUCCAGGGAGCCCACGCCUUCCCAACCCCAUCCCAACCAGUCUGCCGCGGCGUCGACAUCAACACAACCCUCAACCCCUCCCUCGUCAUCACAGACCGCUCGGCCACACGCACCCUCGCCGCCCGCGCCCCUCCAGCCUCCUUCACCGCCAACCCCAACAUCGGCCCCGGCGGCUCCUCCUACCGCGACUCGGCCCACUUCCGCGUCUACGCCGCCGACCUCAACGCCGCCUCCCGCGCCCUGUCCAUGCUCGAGGGCGUCUACUCCUGCUUCGUCGACACCCUCGGCUGGCGCUCCACCGGCCUCUCCUACAACGACAACACGGACGACGACGGGCCCUGGCAGAAGGUCAACGUCUACAGCGUCGCCAGCCUCCCCGGCGCCGCGGGCGUGAUGCACUCCGACGGCGCGGCCGGGAUGGCGUGGCUCGAGGUCCAGAACGCCUAUCUCACCGUCCCCGGCGUGACGGUCCACGAGUUCGGCCACGGCAUCCACUACCACCAGAAGACGUGGGUGAACCAGGGCCGCACGGGGGCCUGGUGGGAGACGCUCGCGAACUGGGUCGCCGACACGUACCUGACGUCCCCGCUGUGCGCCAACGCGCGGAGCGCCAACGGCCAGGCGACGCCCGAGACGAGCGAGAUCGACGUCGUCAAGGUCAUCGGGGACUCCUUCCAGGUCAUCGUCGACGGGAGCGUGAAUACGGGGAACUACUACCAGGCUUGGCCCUUCCUGGCGUUCCUGACGAACAACCCGGACAACUUCGCCGGCCUGGGCCGCGACGCGGUCAAGAACCUGCAGGUCCGGUACGCGACCAACUCCAACGAGACGCCGCUGCACACCCUGCAGCGCAUCUCGACGGGCGCGACGGUGGCCAAGGUCGUGGGCAAGUACUGGGCGCGGAUGGCGUACGUCGACAUCGGGCACCGGCAGGCGCAGAACGUGUUCCUCAGCCAGAGGAGCCGCAUCAACUACGCCAACGUCGACUCGGCCGGAAGCGGGAGCUACCGCGUCAAGUCGGCGCGCCGGCCGCGGUACAUGGGGGCCAACAUCAUCCCGCUGAAGAACCCGUCCGGCACGGUGACUGUGAAGAUCACGACGAGCGGGCAGCUCACUUCGCACCUAGUUGUGAGGAACACGGGGAGCAACGCGGUGCGGUACGUCGAGCUUGCGAACGGGCAGGGGAGCGUGAGCGUUGCGGGCGGGGAGGAGGCGAGUCUUGUUGUUGCGAACACGCCUGCGAACCUGAUCUUGUAUGACCCCUUUUCUUUGGGGUCGGAUACUAACACGGGUGUGGACUACUCGUUCACCUUGACUGGUGCAACUGCUUGA